UCGCAUCGCUUUUUGAAGUUCGUGUUUCUCGAAAUGGCUAAGAAGGAGCAGAGAGAUACGGCAAGAGUUGAAGCUGUUCUUGCGCUCAUCAGGAAACAAACCCCGCUCACUGUUAAACAGGAGAAGUUUUGCAACUACGCUUGUGUGGAACGAUUUCUGAAAGCGAAAGGGGAUAAUGUAAAAAGAGCUGCGAAGCAACUCAGGGCCUGCCUUUCUUGGAGAGAGAGUAUAGGCACUGAGCAUUUGGUGGCAGAUGAAUUCUCAGCUGAACUGGCUGAUGGGUUGGCUUAUGUGGCUGGCCAUGACGAUGAAUCCAGACCUGUGAUGAUUUUCCGGAUGAAGCAAGACUACCAGAAGCUUCACUCCCAGAAAAAGCUUACUCGUCUGUUGGCGUUCACAAUGGAGGUGGCUGUUUCGACCAUGCCAAAGAACGUACAACAAUUUGUCAUGCUUUUCGAUGCAAGCUUUUACAGGUCUGCAUCUGCUCUUAUGAACUUACUGCUGGCAGCACUGAAAAUAACGGGGGAGUACUACCCGGGCCGCCUUCAUAAAGCGUUUAUCAUAGACCCUCCCUCGCUGUUCGUUUACUUAUGGAAGGGUGUGGGCGCAGUGGUGGAGCUAUCAGGAGUGACGACAGUGGUGUCAUCGGUGGAUUUGGAGGAAUCAGAGGAAAUGAAAGCGAAGGAGAAGGCGAAGAUUGGGUCAUGCUCCUCUUCCCGCUUUGCCUUCACAGUCUCCCACCACGUUCACUCAUUCAAGCCUUGGUAUCUCAGCCUCUCAGACACGUCAGCAUCCCUGGUGGGUCCCACACAACGGACACCGCGCCCUUCCUUCCUGCAAUCGCCGUGGUUGCGGAGAGGCAGAGCAGAGAGAGAGACCUCUCGGGAAUCGUUGAUUCCGUUUUUCAAGUUUUACAGAAGACCGUACGAUGAAACGCUCUAUAGGUCAAAGAUGCGGCCCCCACUGGGUGGACUCGUAUCAUCUCACGUUACAGUUAGACGACACCACCUUUCACUUUCUCAACGUUUCUGA